UAUUAUCCCCACAUUCCAAUCUUCCUGGACUUGCAAGUAAUAGUCAACUUCGUCAGAUAUGUAUUACCAGAUGUCGGCAGAGCCUUGGGGGCACUACGUGGCAGCGGCCGCGAUGGGAGGGCCGAGGGGAGGCGGCAGCGGAGUGGACCCUGUAGAGAGGGUGGCGAGGCUGGCUGCUGGGAGCGCGGUGGUGAUGUUCAGCGUGAGCAGCUGCUGCAUGUGCCACGCGGCGAAGCGGCUCUUCCGCGGUAUGGGGGUCAGCCCCACCGUGUACGAACUAGACCUCGACCCUCGGGGCAGGGAUAUAGAGCGGGCUCUCAUUAGGCUGCUGGGGAGCUCAGCAGCCGUCCCAGUCGUGUUCAUCGGCGGGAGGUUGGUUGGGGCCAUGGACCGGGUCAUGGCCUCACACAUCAACGGCUCCCUAGUCCCACUUCUCAAAGAAGCCGGAGCACUGUGGCUCUGAUCUGCUAUCGACCAACAACAGAUAAUUAACAGCAGAGGGUCUAUAUCUAUAUAUGUCUUAUUAACGGCAGAGGGUCCCUUUGGUUUUCGACUCACGGGGAAUGGACGAGAUUUGCAGCUAAUGUCUGAUUUUUAAAUUACGUAAAGUACGAUUUAUAUGUUCAUCAAUUCCAGUAGUAAUGAUAGCAGAGGAUCAAGUAAGUUUGAAUGAAACAUGCUGAAUAUAUUAACAUAG